UUAACUUACAACUGCCAUCAACAUGUCCUACGGCUGCUAUUCUGGAAACUUCUCUUCCCGCUCCUGUGGAGAUCACCUGAACUACCCUCAUUCCUCUUGUGGCUCUUCCUACCCCAGUCACCUACUCCAGAGCACUAACUUCUACUCUCCCAGAAACUGCCAUCCGGGUUCUUCUUUCAGCCAUGGCUGUCAUCAGAACUGCUUCCAGCCCAUCAGAUGCCAGACUUCCCAUGUGGUGCACAGCUCCUGCCAGCGGCCCUGCUACAGCCCAAGAGUCUCCAGCAUUGGCAGUCCCUGCAGGUCCACAUAUGCUGGUUCUCAGGGCUUUGGAUCCAGCAGCUGCUACUCUCUGGGUUAUGGGUCUAGAAGCUCUUACUCACUGAGCUGUGGGUCCAGUGGCUUUAGGCCACAAGGCUUCUCUUCUCUGGGCUAUGGAUCUGGAUUCUGCCACCCAUCCUAUGUACCCUAUAGAACCUGCCAGUCUCCUUGCUAUAGACCGAGCUGUGGCUCUGGCUCUGGAUUCUACUAAUCUUCUUUCUAACUUCCAGUUUUGCUGACCACCACAAUUCACUCCUGGAUCCCUGGCCUUUGUUGUCUUCCUUUGGCCAGGAAGAAUUGUCUUCUGGUUCCCUGAUUGCCAAUUCUUCACUUUCUCUUUGACCUCAGAUACUGAGGUCCUUUGAGAACUCUGUAAUUAAUCUCUUAACUCAAAAAUAAAGCCUGCAUUGCAAAUGAAA